CACUUCCCCCCUGGGACUCCGACUGACUAAAAAAAACAAAACACUGACUCUAGUAGUAAAAGUAAAAAAAGAAAACUAAGCUCAACCAGAUGGGUCUCACCAAAACCAAUGCCACCGAUGAACAAGAACAGCCAAGCAGCAAAACAACGACUGACUACUCAAACAAGAACAAACCACAACAACAACAGCAACAACAGGAACAACUUAUAAAAUAAUCAUCAUCAUCAGACAAACUAUUUACACCAUGCCCAACUCAUCAAACCACAAGAAUGCCUGCUUCUUCACCCCACACCCUCUUUCCAAACACCAUCCACGACACUCUCAAUCAAAACCAACCCAACAACCCAAACCAGCAACCAGCAACCAGCACCAGCACACCAAGACACCCACCACCCUUCAGAAAUUCAACCAACCCCACAAGACAAACAACACCAACAACAACAACAACAAAACUAUAAAAAAGAGACCUCCACCGAGCGACCCACAUCCCAUCCAACCACAGAGAAGGAAGAUAUCAUCAGAACCACCAAAACCUCCACCAGCUACUAUCCAUCACAUCCCCCAACAAGAAUCAGACCGACACGAGAGCUCGAGUCUAUCCUCAUUACACUCAGAAGAUGAUCACCAAGCCUCCUCCCCCUCCUCCUCCUCCUCCUCCGCAUCAUCAUCAUCAUCAUCCGAUCAUCAUCAUCACAACAACAACACCGACCAACCAACCAGGUCGAAUACCGAGAAUCAAAUCAUACCCGAUCAUCAGCCUAUCCCUCACCCAGUCUCAUCCCCCAAAAAACUCAUCCAGCACGAUCAUCCCCCACAGAGUAGUCCUCACUCGAUCUCUAAUAAGAUCGAGAUCGACGAUCUCGACGACCAACCAUCAGAACUCGGUGAGGAUGUCUGUCUCGAAUAUACCGACUUUGGUCAAGAUCUGGGCUUCCCAGUCACCUGGUCUGAAUCUGAAUAUGAUGAAGAUCAUGAAGCAGAAGAACCAGCGGACGAAUUCGCAGAAUUCUUAUUGAUGGAUGCUAGUGAAGGCGAUCAUUCGUUUGGAUUCGAACAACUGCAAAACUUUCGAGCCUCAUCCAAGUACAGUCAGAUGAUGGCCGGAGUCGAUCGAAGCGAAGGCGGGAGUACGGAUGAGGAGAGUCAUCUAGGAUACAUGAUCAUCGAAGAACUCGGAGAUGAGGAUGAGGACGAUGAUGAGGAUGAUAAUGAUAAUGAGGAUGAUCGAUCGGAGAAGGAUGAUCGAACUAACAACCAUUCCCAAUCAAUCAGUGGCGAUGAUGGCGCUACGACUGACUCCCUGGAUGAGGACGAUCACUCGGGCCUCGUAAGGUUUGGGAUCGAGGCCGAUGACGGCAAUGAAGGUCACUCGGACGACGACGACCAUCAGGCUGAUGAGGAAGAUGAUGCCAGCUUCUUUGACUUACCUGCUACCUCAGCCCUCGGUUCAAUGUUGACGAAUUUCGAUCUAUCUGUUAUCAGCACCCCCGAUUCGACCAAUCCAGGAGAGCCACGGCCCAAUAACUUAUCUGGCUCACGUGAAAUCAAGCUGCCGGUCAUGGGAUCAUUUUCGGUGGAUCGACAAGAUGGAACGAAUGCAGGACGGACGAUAAUCGAUGAAGAGAAAUCAGUUCCACUAUCACCCUUCACAGGAACCAAGGUGAUCCGCUACAAUCGAUUCCGGAAGCUCCGACAACAGUCAUGUACUGGAGAGAGUGAGCCAUCCUCAUUGGUAGGCACGCCCAAGGCAGAAGAGUCCCAGGACUCGAUCCAUCCGGGCCCCUCCUCGACCAAUGAGCUCGGUCUGCCUGAACAGGAGUUUGAUAUCACCGCCUUUAUCAGGGGGAUUUCCUCGAUCGACGAAGGCUGUUCGGAUGGGGAGAAGAAUGCGUAUGAGGGCACGACGGCGGAGUUGGAUGGUCUAUCGCGAUGGCAGCGGGUGCCGAUGACGGCCUUCAGACGACAGAUGAUGAGGAGCUGUGCGGAGGGAGGAUCGGAGAUGCUGCUCGACGGGGCCAUCCAGCCCUCGUCCUCACUCGACGAGACCCUCGGCCUAUCCGUCCAGCCCGGCCGUGCACGCAAGAAAAACGGCUCAUCAUCAUCAUCCAGCCUCCAUUUCUCCGGCCUCAGCGCACCUAAUAAGGUCUACGACCGUCGUCUCCAUCGUCGAAUGCGCAAAUCGACUAGCAGCUAUAACUCUCAUGGCAAACAGUCCAAACUCGACCCUUGUCCAUCCGACCCACUCCGGCUCGACUCUGAGGUGGCUAAAAUCGGCCUUCCCGGCCCCAACAUCGAUCAUCAUCAUACCCUCGCCGGUCCCUCCAAAAAGCUCAACUCACUCGUCGACGAUUCCUCGGACGGUUUUCAUUCCAGAUUAUUAUUUGAUGAACUUCUUGAUCUAGACCAAGGUGAUCUGAGCACCCAAGCCUGUCCUACGACCACUACCACUACCAUCUCGACUACCUCUACCAUUAAUAAUACAACCACUCCCACUAGUGCUGCUGCGACGGUCAAUCCUGUCCAGUCACAUCAGAUCCCUGCCUCUGAUCUUCUGCUUCUUCCCUCCCUCGAUCACUCUCUUAGUCUUGAUCCUCUCACUGCCACUACUACUACUACUCCUAAUCAUCCGGUCCUCGACCUCGAUCAUCUUCCUCUCUUGAACUUCAUCGACAAAAUCUAAUCAUCUACCACUCUCUUCUUCCAUUUAGAAAGAAAUCCGUCCGGGUUCUUCUCUCUCUCUCUCUGUGUGUGUGAUUUUUUUUGUUGUCAGUUUGUUUGGUUGACUGUCUCUCUUUCUCUCUUAUUAGUUUUACAUAACUUUCUUUUUUUUUUUUUCGGUCAGAUUUCUCGCUCCAUCCGACCCCGCAAUUGUCCCCCCUCCCCCUCCUUGCCCAAAAACAACCCUCCUCACACUUAUAACACUCUCUUCCCGAAAAUAAAACGGGACUCGUGUAGAUGUGUUUGGGGGUUCGGUAUGCGUAGAGCUACCAUCGUCUAUAGAUAACCCUGUUUUUCUUUUUUUCUUUUCUUUUCUUUUUUUUGUAAGUAAAAUAAACUAGUUCAAGAAA